AUGAAAAAUAAAUGCAAAGAGGUGAAGAGUUUGGAUAGAAAUCCUGACAUUAAAUCAUGUCCCUUAACAUUUGGCAUAGAUCGUAUUUUAGAAUCUAAUAAACAGCCAACUACAAAAGAAACGUUCGAAAAAAAAGAGAAAAUGUCCCUCAAAUUCGAAAAUAAAUACCGGAGGAAGGGGAAAAAAGGACAGGAGCUAUACGAUGGGAAGAUAAAAACAGAACUCUCUGCCAGAGGUCGCACAAGUUUUUCAGCGUGGCAAUUGACAGAACUUGAAGACGUGUUUCGCGUGACUCAUUACCCUGACGUUUACUUUCGGGAAGCAUUAGCUGCUAAGCUUCAAAUUCAUGAGAGUCGAAUCCAGGUUUGGUUUCAAAAUCGUCGUGCUAAAUGGCGCAGAUCCCAAAAAAAUGUACCGGAAGUUUCAUCUCUCUCGCAGAUCAACCAAGCGGCAAUGUGUUAUCCUCACGUCACUAAUUCGACAUAUCUAGGAAUCCAACGACCAGUUGUUGUUCCAAGAAAUUGCCUGUUUCGUUUCGGAUGUUACACGUCUAAAAUUUCAAACUUUCUCUGUUUUUCUCAGACAAUAUAGUCAUUCCCGAAAGAAAACUAAUGCAUCACAUUACAUCCCCAAACAAAGAAUAACAAUUAUUAUUUUGAAGUAGUGUUUGUUAUACGAUUCGACAGUAAUGAUGACAGGAAACAGAAGUUACACGAAAUCUUGUGAUGCAUCAGUUAUCGCUACCACAGGCUGUUGUUGCCCAUAAAGAACCACUUCAUCAUAUAUCACAGAUGUGCGGUCUAAACUGCAACAUCAAGAAUAACAAUGAAGACUGAAAAAAAUUUCAUAGUCUUUAUUUUAGACGAUAUGUACUAUUUACUUCGACUAUCAUUAUAAAGAUAACACUAACAGUUCGGACUAUGCCAUUUCGAUAAAUA